AUGAAAUGGCCUCUUCUUGGGAUGUUGCCAGGGCUUUUUUGCAACGUGCAUCGCAUACAACACUACGUCACCCAGCGGCUGAAACUAUGUCCCACAUUUGAGUUCAAAGGCCCUUGGUUUUCCAGCACCAACUUUGUCAUCACCAGUGAUCCUGCCAAUGUCCACUACAUGUUGAGCACAAACUUCUGUAAUUUCCAGAAGGGGUCCAACUUCAAGAAGAUCUUUGGUGAUAUUCUGGGAGAUGGCAUUUUCGCUUCCGAAUCGGAUUCAUGGGCAACCCAAAGGAGAUUGAUUCAUUCAGUGCUAAAAAAUGGCCGGUUCCAGCAGCUCUUAGAGAAAACCACCCGGAAAAAGGUGGAAAAGGGGCUAAUUCCAAUCCUCGAGCAUGUCUCCAUGCUGGGAUUAGAGGUGGAUAUGCAGGAUUUGUUUAGCCGGUUCACCUUUGAUAAUACCUGCAUACUGGUUCUAGGACUCGAUCCUGGUAUCCUUUCAAUUGAACUUCGUGAAGAAUCUUAUGCAAAAGCGUUUAAUGAGAUAGAGGAGGCCGUACUUUACAGGCACGUCUUACCAGAAAGCUGUUGGAAGUUGCAGAAAUGGCUUCAAAUAGGAAAAGAGAAGAAGGCGAGCAGGGCGGUUAAGGUUCUUGAAGAUUUUGUAUUCCAUUGUAUCUCCUUGAAGCAAGAAACACUAAGGGGAAAAAGAACCCGAAUAAAGGAAGACGAGGAAGGGAGCUUCGAUUUUUUAACAGCUUAUAUGGAAAAGGAUGGCGAACUGACUGGUGGGCUUGAAAUUUCUGACAAGUUUCUAAGAGACACAGCAAUCAAUCUGUAA